ACGCCUGUUUACUUGAUCUCCGAAGCGUGCGUAACUAAUCUUGGCACAUCCGAGACCGACACCCUGUCCGCUGAUUGAUGUGGCACGAGAAUCAACCCCCAACGCGUUACUCACACAGGCGCCUUACCAUACCCCUUAUUCUUUACGUCGCCGUGCCCGCUACCCUCUCCCACAUCGCUUUCACCGAAAGUCCCACAUAGUCCGACACCGCGCAUGCGCAGCCCAAGCGCCCUCAUCCCUGCGCCCGUUGAGGAGCAUCACGCAUAAUUUCAACAAGACCCCCCUCCCGUUCCACAACCACACCUGAUGGCUUCUAGCUCUGGUCUGACGCGCCGGAGAGGAGGCGGCGGCGCUGCAGGCAACGGCGAGGACGAGAGCAGCCGGGUCAGCUCGCCAGCACCCAAGCGCACCGACGACCGCACCCCCGAAACCUCCUACGAAAGCUCCGAGAAUGGCCACAAGAUCGCAUUCGACCCCCGGGAUAUCAGCGAAAAUGCAGAGAGGAGCAAACAGCCCAAGCUGACACUCAUGGAGGAAAUCAUCCUCAUGGGGCUGAAGGACAAACAGGGAUACCUGUCGUUCUGGAACGACAACAUCUCCUAUGCAUUGCGAGGCUGCAUUGUCAUAGAAUUAGCCUUCCGAGGCCGCGUGAGCAUGCAAAAGGACUCGAAUCGGCGACGGUUCCCCCUCGCAGACAGGGUCAUCGAGGUUAUUGACGACACAUUGACCGGUGAGGUUCUGCUGGACGAGGCCCUCAAGAUGAUGAAGUCGAGUGAGAAGAUGAGCGUCAACUCAUGGAUCGACCUCAUGAGCGGAGAGACGUGGAACCUCAUGAAGAUUGGCUACCAACUAAAACAAGUACGCGAACGACUAUGCAAAGGCCUCGUCGACAAGGGCAUCCUGCGCACCGAGAAGAAGAACUUCCUCCUGUUCGACAUGGCUACACAUCCCGUCGCAGACGGCGGCGCAAAGGAGGAGAUUCGACGCAGAGUCCGGAACGUCCUCACCAACCGCACCGUCGUCCUCCCUGGCAGCCAAUUCCUCCCCGAGGAGUUGGAGUUCAGAGUGCUCCGAACAAUCACCAUGGUCUGCGCCGCCUAUGCCGCCAACGUCCUAGAGAACGCCUUGACAACGUUGGGUCACGAAGCGCGGGAACGGGCUUUUGCUCAAGUAGACGAGCUGCUGGCAGAGUAUUCGCAGUGGCCGUUUGCAAAGAGGCAAGGCGGCUCGCAGGGUGUGGGCGCAAACUUGGGUCAGCUCAUCACGGACGAAGUUAAUGGUUCCAAGGAUAAGGAGCUCCAGCUUGAGGUUGUCGCAGCGUGCUUGAGUGUAUUCACUCGACUUGACUCACUGCUUUGAGCGGAGGGAAUGCAACGAGAGCAGCGAUAUUACUGAGCAACGGGGGAGUGCACGUCUCAGCAGCGAACCUGAACGUUUGAGUAUCUAUCGCAAGCAAAGCAGACGCAUAUAGGCGGCGAACUUGUAAGCGGCGGCGUGUCCGGGCCGGGACUGGAUGGAAAUGUUUAGGUAUUGUCAGUUUCUAGCAUUGAUGCAACUAGGAUGGAUCUGGAGGCGAGGGCGUCAGAGUGCGGUGACGAGGUGUACUACCAGACGCUUCUUAUCUUCUUCUACUAGGCGGGUCUUUCCAUAAAAUACAACCU